AUGGCUGGGAUUCCGGACAAGUUUGAUGCCAUCUUGAUGGCAGAUGAGAGAUUCCAUGGUGAAGAAUAUCAGGAAGGCUAUGAAUAAGAUAGUAAUUUGGUUAGUACUGAAGGAAGACAAUAUAGCACAUUACAUGGAGCCAAAAUUGGAUCUGAGAUGGGGCACUAUCUAGGUUUUGCUCUUACAUGGAACUAUCUCUUGCACAAUGGUGCCAGCAAGAAAGACAGAAAGAUAAAGGUCUUGGAGUCAUUGAUUGGAAUGAUUGAGAAAUUGUCUUACCAUAAUCACAAAGACUUAGACAACAUUGAAGGAAAAUUUAGACAACUUUGUUCAUUACUUGACGUUCAACCAAACUUUAAAAUUACACAGAAGGUUCUGAACUUUCAUUUUGAGAAUGACAGAUGGACAAAGACAAAAUGUCAGAGAAUGGAUGUCUGGCCCGGGACGCAGUGGGCAGCCUCCCCAGAGCGCGCGGCCAGGCCGUCGGGGGGCGGUGGUGGGCGGAGGCCGGCUGCGGCGCGCGGGGUGGGAGGAGGCGGGCCGCGGGGCCCCUGUCGCACCCGCCCCCUCCCGCGCGGUGGCGGCGGCGGCGGCGGCGCCUGGAGCUGCCCUGAGGCCGCCACCCGGCCCCCGCCCGCGCGUCAGCGCGCCCAGCCCGGGGCGCCGAGCUCCGCCCGCGCCGGAGGCCCCUGCGCGCAGCUCCGGGUGCCGGCAGCCGGCGGGCCGAGGCGGCGCGGGGGUGGGUGGGACGCGGGCGGCCGCGGUGAGCCGCGCUGUCCCGGCCGGGCGCUCACGGCGGGCGCCCCGAGAGCCGCCCCGAUGUGGCAGGAGGCGAUGCGGCGCCGCCGCUACCUGCGGGACCGUGCCGAGGCGGCGGCGGCGGCGGCGGCGGGCGGUGGCGACGGGCUGCAGCGGUCCCGGGACUGGCUGUACGAGUCCUACUACUGCAUGAGCCAGCAGCACCCGCUCAUCGUCUUCCUGCUGCUCAUCGUCAUGGGCGCCUGCCUCGCCCUGCUGGCCGUCUUCUUCGCGCUCGGGCUGGAAGUUGAAGAGCAUGUGGCAUUUUUAAUAACAGUUCCAACUGCCCUGGCAAUUUUCUUUGCCAUAUUCAUCCUCGUCUGCAUUGAGUCUGUGUUUAAGAAGCUUCUCCGUGUUUUCUCGUUGGUGAUAUGGAUAUGUCUGGUUGCCAUGGGAUACUUGUUCAUGUGCUUUGGGAGCACGAUCUCUCCCUGGGACCAGGUGUCAUUCUUCCUCUUCAUUAUCUUCGUGGUUUACACCAUGCUGCCCUUCAACAUGCGAGAUGCCAUCAUUGCCAGCGUCCUCACCUCCUCAUCCCACACCAUCGUGCUGAGCGUCUGCCUGUCUGCAACAUCAGGGGCCAAGGAGCACCUGGUCUGGCAGAUCCUGGCCAAUGUGAUAAUUUUCAUCUGUGGCAACCUUGCAGGAGCCUACCACAAGCACCUCAUGGAACUUGCUCUGCAGCAAACAUAUCAGGACACAUGUAAUUGCAUCAAGUCCCGGAUCAAGCUGGAAUUCGAAAAGCGUCAGCAGGUAAAAUGUGUUUUUAAUCACAUAUCCACAUUAUCUUAGGCAUUAUUAAGAUGACGCUACUGUCAGUAUUGAGUACGGGGUUCAUUCAUUCAUGAGCUUCGCAAAGAAACCAGAGCUGGUGAUUGCUGCUGCUCAGCCCUGAGCACUGUCUCUGGGAGUUAUGACAAACCAGUAGAGCUGGCAUUUUUUCCAUGUGGUCCUCAGACCCAGUGAGCCAGUAUCACUCAUAUGCAGACAGCUACACAAGACAUUGCCAUUCACAGAUGGCUGAGGAGACUCAAAUAAUAACACUUCAUGGCAGCAUUAGCUGUUUUUUAGUGUUUGUUGCCAAGAGUCUUCCCCAGAAAAAAACAGGAGCGCCCUCCUCUUGCUGCACACACUUCCAUGGCAGGGCACACAACACCUGUUGUCUACACAGGGCAACCUGGGUAGAAUUAUCGUGAGGGGGAUUUACAAGGAGCUGUGGUUGCAAUUGUCAGCACCUGUUCUAGGGUGAUUUUUGGGAGUGAUCCAUUGAAACAUGCUUCAGGGGAAUGCAUUGACUAUUAUGAAACAUUACAUUUGUAAUCAGUGAAGACAAGUGGUAGAUGUGUGGAAGCAAAGUCUGUUGUGUCACCAAGAAUGGUGGAAUAAGUCAGCACAGAUACGAUUUGGACAUCUUGCAGCAGACGUGCUCUACAUCAGGGGACUUCAGCCAUGUGUGAACAGUGCUAGGUUCAUGAAGAACAUAGUCUAUGAAAGUGACAGUUGGUGUGGCUAUCUAUGAAUUCUGUGGUCCUGAUCUCUGUGAGCAGUUGUCCUAAUACCUGUGCUGUUAGCAGUAUGUGGCAGGUAGUUGGUAUGUAAUUACUGUGUUAAAUUGCAUGGUAUUAAUCUAUGCUAUAAAAUAUCAAAAUGUUAUGGUGGUGAGAACAAAAAAAUAUCCUUUAAGUGUUGGUAUUGGACUUUUAUUUGUGAAUAUUGAUGAAUAGAACUCAAAUUCUUUCUUCCAAGCAGAGAUAUGACAAGCAUUUGUUUAGCAAAUUGAGCACAGCGUUCGUGUCAGGCACUAUUUUAGGCACAAGGUAUAGCUACAAGCACUGCUUUAUCACUGGCAUUAUUAGAAAACUAUAGGCACAAGGUAUAGCUACAAGCACUGCUUUAUCACUGGCAUUAUUAGAAAUCUUAUGUUUUGUUUUUAAAUCUUAUCUUACCACUUGCAUAACAAAGGUUUGCAAUAACUGAGGUUUAAUUCUUUAAUCUAUUUGUUUGUCAAAUUCUGAAUACAAUAGUAAGAGUAAGAGACAGUUGUUAACUUACAACAGUUAUCCAGUUUUUCUUCAUACACUUAUAAAACGUAAUGCUUUAUUUCUCGAUUCUAGAAAAUUCCACAGUGUCAACAAGCAGCACUUGGGGUUCACAAUUGGUGUCACUGUACUGCCUGCUUUAGAAUUCAAAUAUUUUAGAAGAAAUCUUUCCCUUUCUCAAACAGUAGUGAUUACAUCAGCUUUGUCCUGUGUACUUAACUUUCUUUUCCAUCACCUUCAGAAUAUACUUCAAAACAGCACCAAGAGAGCUGAAAUUCCAAGUACACAGAUUAUGUAACCAAGUGUUUAUAAUAACAGUUUGACAGUAAGUCAGGCUACUGACCUCAUCAACACAUCCUAUCUCUCUGAAGAGGCCCAGAGCAGCCAAAGCACAGAGCACCCUCAUUCCCAUGAGCUAAGAAGUCCAAAUUCUCAGAGAACCACAUGGUCAGAGCUGCCUCACAUUGUUCUGGAGGUUGUGGUGUCCAGUGUGCCAGUGGCUAGUUUAUAAGACCAUCACGGGAGAUACUGGAAGGACAUGCAUUUACUAGUUGUUACAAAGAAAAGCCAAUGAUCCUUUUCAAAAUAAAAAUAAAAGCAACACUUUGCAGAAAUAAGGACAUAUGUUAAAGACACUUGGUAUGAUUUGACAUGUCAAGUAUACUUGGUCUCAAAAGUUGGAAGUCCACUUCAGCGACUGAUGCCUAGAAUGUACUUUUCUUGUUAGGGCUUCAGAAAGUAUGUUCUGAGAUUAAGAAUAAAUGUCCUGUUCUUCAGAACAGCAGUUCAUCAAAUAGGAACAUGAGAUUAUCUUUGUUAAAAAUCAGUGAGAUUACAAUCUGAUAGACUUAAGGAAACAAGUAAGAAUUGACCACUGGCAAUCCACAUGGCCUUCACAGAGGGGAGAAGUCCCUGAGGCCAUGAAACCCAGACCAAAUUAAGGUCUUGGUGUUAUUUCCUUGGGUCCCAAGUGUCACUUCCUGCUCACCCUGCACCACAAACUUCCCUUGCUUCGUACAUAGUCACUGUGGAAAACAGGAAUCUCCUCUGAAGUUCUUCAUUCAAGAGUCUAUGUUUUAUCAUGCAGUAAAUAAUUUGCUUCAGCCAUUAUUUGAAUAUAUAAAUUUUGUCCAAUUUAAUGUGACAUGAUAAAGGUUGCCUCUGAGAAAGCUCUCAAUAGUUUGAGAAGCCACCAUCUUGAAUAGUUCCCUGGCUUCAUUUCAUGACUCCAUUUUCUCUUACUUUUAAUACAGUGAGCCCCAGAAGUUGCCCCUCUUCAACCAAGGAGGGGACUAUGAAUGACUGGUACCCUUGGGAUUCCAAAAUAUUUCCAGAAUUUCUCAACUCUGUACUUUCUUUCCUUUAAAUGUUUUGAUACUUCUUGUAUGUGCAAAUGAGAUGAAUUUCUAGACAUUACUAUCAAGGUUUGAAUAACAUGGCCAUUUGCAUAUAAGAUUUGUAUGAAGAAGAAAAUGAAAAAUGUUGGUAGUUUUUUUAGAGUUACAUUUUCACCCUAAAAGUACCCUUCAUGUAUGAACAAUAAAAAUGGUGACUUUUUAGCAAAAUAGGAAAAGUAAUGCAUUAUGUUAGAACUGAGCCUAUCCUUGGGGCCUAAAGGUGUUCACAACUGUGAGUUUUGGCAUUUGUCAGAUGUUUCACACCCUGUGGGAAAAUCCACAGUCACUUCAUGAGCACCUUUAGUGUAACAGAUGGCUCUUUAUCAGACCUGGGAAAACACCAAGUGUUUCCCUUUAGUAUAUAAUAGACUCUCAGAAACUGAUGAGAGCCGGAUUCAGAGCAAAACAAGAACUUUGUCUUCUAACUGCUGCCACCGUUGAAAUUAAUGUUGCCUACCCAGGAGUAAAACUGGGCUACUAUUUUUUAUACGGAGAGAAUAAACUUUCUUUAAUUUGUAUAUUGUCUUUGUUUUAAACAAAUUCAAAGUUUUUACAUGGUCUACCUUAAUGUAGAACUAUGCUGUGGGUUGAAUAUGACAGCUCACAUAUUCAAAUAGAAAAUACUAUUCAGUGGAGACACAGAGACUGCAAGUAUACCUGGAUUCUGCACCUUAUGUGGGAGUUCAGUGAACCAAUUGGCUUCCUUUCAGUCCUUGGCACCAAAAUUGUUUUAGUCUCUGAGAACUUCAAUAAAAUAAGCAAGUGGUCCCAAUGCAAUCAUGGUUGGGCAAAAAAAUGAGCAUACUAUCUAUAUCCUAAUGUCAUAGCAUGAAUGCAUUGCAUAGUGCACUUAUGUUGCUAGGUUAAGUGUUUUUAAAGUCAUUUUAAGUAUUUGGUAAUAAAAUUUGGUCCUUUUUCACAAGGGAAAAAACAGAAGUAACUAAUAAUUCCUUGCGUUAUCAUAAUGUAAUCUCUUUAAUACUUUUAGGUACACUAUUAUAUUGUAUUGCUACUGCUGCUAUAACAAAUUACAACAAACUCUAUGUCUUAAAACAAAAUAGAUUUAUUAUCUCAUUGUCUAGAGGUUAGAAGUCCAACCAUUCUGUCAGGGAUGGUUCCUUCUACAGGCUUUAUGAGAAUAUUUCUUGCCUAUUUAACCUUCUAGAGGCUGUCCAUAUUCAUUGGCUUUUAGCUGCUGCCUCCAUCCUCAAAGCUGGCAGGAUAGAGCCAUCUGAUCAGUCUUUCUCUCCCUUUCUCUGACUUCUGAUUUUGCCGAUUCUGUUGAUUAUAGCUUUUUCCCUCUUUCUAACUCCAGCUUUCCUGCUUCCCCAUGAUGAUCCCUAAAAUUAUACUUUGUUUAGCUGAAUAAUCCAAAGUAAUCUCUUGGAUUUAGUCAAACCUGAAAAAACUCUAGUUUGCCAGGUAAGGUAACACAGUCACAUGUCCUAGGGAUUAGGAAGGGGAUGGCAUUGAUAAAGCCUUCCACUCUGUCUUCCUUAUUCCUACAGCAACUGUAUGGCUUAUGUUCCUUUUCCCAUUUAAAUCAAGUAUAGAAGAUAUCCAAGUCACUUUUUAUAAAGUCACACAGCUAGCAAGUGUGACUGCCAGGGCCCUUCUGUCUCUCAUGUUCAUUAUACAUCACUUUUCUGGAUUGAUCCCUAAGGAUAUGUUAAUGGCAGAUUUUUCCAGGCAUGAAGGACUUUUUGGUGGAAGUGCUACCUAAUAACUUGCCAACAUUAAGCAACAGCUCUUCCAACUACCAAAAUGUGUCCUUCUCAGAAAGUGGUCCAUAACUGGUCUUAGCAUUCUAUUCCUAUGUUGUAACACCAAACAAUAGAAAUUAGCUACCAUAGUUAUCAGUCUGUGUUUCAUGUGACUGAACUGUUGCGUGGGGAGUGUUUGAUGUCAUCCAUGUGUUGUCCUUCAAGUUCCACCCCCAGCAUAAGUAUCAUUCUACCUUAAGGCAAACAGGGUGAUCAGAGAAUUCUACAUCAUCUUUUUGAAUAUUUGGUAGUAAAUUGUUCCAGACACAUCUUACCAGCCCCAUCUCCUCAUGAUUAAAGUUUAUUUUUUGGCAGCAGAAUGCAUGAUAUGAGGCCACAUUGGUGAUAGGACUCAUUUCCCUCCAACUCUCUCCCUCUGAGUUGAAAGGUGGUCCAAGGUGAGGUAUCUCAACAGGAGAUACUUCCUCUUAAAACCAUGCUGGACAGUAGAAGCCCAAGAAGAAUUUUCAGCCAGUAAGAUUGUCUCAUCAGUUUUUGAGGACUUGAAGCGGCACAUUUUCAUAUAAAUGUUAUCCGUGAACAUAGAUGGUGCAUCCAACAGAGACAGCAGACCAUGAACAGCACACACACAUGAGUUUGCUCAGUACUUAUAAGUUAGCUUAAAUAUGCUGGCUCUUGGGUCCUCAGAAUAUAUGAACUAAACUUUCCCUGACACUGAGGAUAUGUUUGUGAGGGUAUGUCUGCUUUCUUCUAUUUUAUCCAAUAAGUAUGUGUAUACUUUGUAGCACUUGUGUCCAUUUUAUGAAAUGAUAACUAUACAUCUUUCUCUUUGGUGUCUACCUCAUGUA